UGCCCUGCCGUCGGUGAGCUUCGGCUGUCCCAGCGCCACGCUAAGCACCCUGUGACCAGUCCUCGGGCGUACGGUCCUCCAUCCCGGUCGCCCAGCGUCCGGGACCCUCCCAGGGUCAUGGGUAGGGUUUCCUUUAACGCUCGGGUCGGGUCGGUCCGGAGACCACGCUCUCCUUGCCAGAGGCGCUACCGCGUCCCCUGCAGGGGCGCCCUCCACGCAUCAAGUGGGCUCGGCGGCGCCCGGGCGCCUGAGGAGGCUGAUGAAGGAGCCGUCGGAACCAGCCCCUCGGGGGUCCGCGGCUUCUUUUCUGCGCCGACGCCCGGCAUCUGGAAGGACCGCGCAGCCUCGCUUGCCCCAGACGUCUUGGGAGCUGAUGAUGAUACCAUGGGUGAUGGCUGCUCUCAGAAGCUGGCGACUGUGAAUAUUCUUCGUUUCCUGUUGCUGGUCCUGAUUCCGUGUAUCUGUGCUCUCAUUGUCCUCCUGGUGAUCCUGCUCUCCUUUGUUGGAGCAUUAAAAAAAGCCUAUUUUAAAUCAAAUGGGAGUGAACCUUUGGUCACUGAUGGUGAAGUCCAUGUGUAUGAUGUUAUUCUUCCAAGUGCAACUCAUAACGAGAGCACCGGGACGUCUACUGCCGAUCCCACCCUACACAUUCCAGCCUGGACUGUGGAUGCUUCUCUCCCAGGGGACCAAAAUCACAGGAGCACAAGUGCCUGCAUGAACAUCACUCACAGCCAGUGUCAGAUGCUGCCCUACCACACCACGCUGACACCUCUCCUCUCUAUUGUCAAAAACAUGGAAAUGGAGAAGUUCCUCAAGUUCUUCAUGUACCUCCAUCGCCUUGGUUGCUAUCAACAUAUCAUGCUUUUUGGCUGCAGCCUUGCCUUCCCCGAGUGCAUCGGUGAUGGUGAUGACAGUCAUGGACUCCUGCCCUGUAGGUCCUUCUGUGAGUCUGCAAAAGAGGGCUGUGAAUCAGUCCUGGGGAUGGUGAAUGCCUCCUGGCCUGAUUUCCUCAGAUGCUCCCAGUUUAGAAACCAAAGUGAGAACAACAAUGUCAGCAGGAUUUGCUUCUCACCACAGCAGGAAAAAGAAAAGCAAUUGCUCUGCGGAGGGGGUGAGAACUUUCUGUGUGCCAGUGGCAUCUGUGUCCCCAGGAAACUGCUGUGUAAUGGCUACAACGACUGUGGCGACUGGAGUGACGAGACUCAUUGCAAUUGCAGCGAGAAUCUGUUUCACUGUCACACGGGCAAGUGCCUUAAUUAUAGCCUGGUAUGUGAUGGAUAUGAUGACUGUGGGGAUCUGAGUGAUGAGCAGAACUGUGAUUGCAACCCCACAGAGGGGCAUCGCUGUGGAGAUGGACGCUGCAUUGCCAUAGAGUGGGUGUGUGACGGUGACCAUGACUGUGGGGAUAAGUCCGACGAGGUCAAUUGCUCGUGUCACAGCCAGGGUCUGGUGGAAUGCAGAAGUGGCCAGUGUAUCCCCAGCACUUUCCAGUGUGAUGGAGACGAGGACUGUAAGGACGGAAGUGAUGAGGAGAGUUGCACCAAUGGUCAGACUCCGUGUCAAGAAGGAGAUCAAAGAUGCCUCUACAGUUCCUGCCUUGAUUCAUGUGGCGGUACCUCUCUUUGUGAUCCCAGCAACAGGCUGAAUAACUGUAGUCAGUGUGAACCAAUUACGUUGGAACUCUGCAUGAAUUUGCCCUACAACCACACAACUUAUCCAAAUUACCUUGGCCACCGGACUCAAAAGGAAGCAUCCAUCAGCUGGGAGUCUUCUCUUUUCCCUGCACUUGUUCAGACCAACUGUUACAAAUACCUCAUGUUCUUUGCCUGCACCAUCUUGGUACCAAAGUGUGACAAGAAUACAAGCCAGCGUAUCCCCCCUUGCAGAGCUCUGUGUGAGCAUUCCAAAGAACGCUGUGAGUCUGUUCUUGGGAUUGUGGGCCUACAGUGGCCAGAAGACACAGACUGCAAUCAAUUUCCAGAGGAAAAUUCAGACAGUCAAACCUGUCUAAUGCCUGAUGAUGAUGUGGAAGAAUGCUCACCUAGUCACUUCAAGUGCAGCUCAGGACGGUGUGUUCUGGCUUCCAGAAGAUGUGAUGGCCAGGCUGACUGUGAUGAUGAUAGUGAUGAAGAAAACUGUGGAUGUAAAGAGAGAGAUCUUUGGGAAUGUCCAUCUAACAAACAAUGUUUGAAGCACACAGUCAUCUGUGAUGGGUUCCCAGACUGCCCUGAUAACAUGGAUGAAAAAAAUUGCUCGUUUUGCCAAGAUGAUGAGCUAGAAUGUGCAAACCACGAGUGUGUGUCACGUGACCGGUGGUGUGACGGCGAAGCUGACUGCGUAGACAGUUCCGACGAAUGGGACUGUGUGACCCUCUCUGCAAAUGUGAACUCCUCGUCAUUCCUGACCGCUCACAGAUCUGCCGUGGAACACCACGUGUGUGCGGAUGGCUGGCAGGAGACGUUGAGUCAGCUGGCCUGCAAGCAGAUGGGUUUAGGAGAACCAUCUGUGACCAAACUGAUACAGGAACAGGAGCAAGACCAGCAGUGGCUGACAUUGCACUCCGACUGGGAAAGCCUUAAUGGGACCACUUUGCAUGAACUGCUGGUAAAAGGGCAGUCCUGUCACAGCAGAAGUAAGAUUUCUCUUCUAUGUACUAAACAAGACUGUGGGCGCCGCCCUGCUGCCCGAAUGAACAAGAGGAUCCUCGGGGGUCGGACGAGUCGCCCAGGAAGGUGGCCCUGGCAGUGUUCCCUGCAGAGUGAACCCAGUGGUCACAUUUGUGGCUGUGUCCUCAUUGCCAAGAAGUGGGUUCUGACAGUCGCCCACUGCUUCGAGGGGAGAGAGAAUGCUGCCGUUUGGAAAGUGGUGUUUGGCAUCAAUAAUCUAGACCACCCAUCAACGUUCAUGCAGAUGCGCCUCGUGAAAACCAUCAUCCUGCAUCCUCGCUACAGUCGAGCAGUGGUGGACUAUGACAUCAGCAUAGUGGAGCUAAGCGAAGACAUCGAUGAAACAAGCUACGUCCGGCCCGUCUGCUUACCCAGCCCGGAGCAGUCGUUAGAACCUGAUACUUACUGCUAUAUCACAGGCUGGGGACACAUGGGCAACAAAAUGCCUUUUAAGCUGCAAGAGGGAGAAGUCCGCAUUAUUUCUCUGGAGCAGUGUCAGUCCUACUUUGACACGAAGACCAUCACCACCCGGAUGAUCUGUGCCGGCUAUGAGUCUGGCACAGUUGAUUCGUGCAUGGGUGACAGUGGUGGGCCUCUGGUUUGUGAGCGGCCUGGAGGACAGUGGACAUUAUUUGGCUUAACUUCAUGGGGCUCUGUCUGCUUUUCCAAAGUCCUGGGACCUGGAGUUUAUAGCAACGUGACAUACUUUGUCAAAUGGAUUGAAAGACAAAUAUACAUCCACACCUUUUUCCUAAACUAAUUCCAAAGACGAUCAGAGACUUCUACCAGC